AUGGCAGAGGUGACCUUCGCAGAGGAGUUGGUGGAGGGUCACGGCGAGCGGCAGAGUGGCUCAGGAAGCACAUCGAGUAAGUCGGAGUUCAGCUCAGAGGACAGUAGCGACUCCAACGAUGAGCAGCCUGAGGCAUGGAAGGAUGGAGAUGAGGCUUCUCCCGAGCAGCUUAGCCGAAAGCGGCGGACUGCUGUGGACCGGGUGACAUGGCUUGCCAAGCCUGCCAACCCAAGACAUGCCACCGGAAGCACCAUCGUGCAACAGGAGAUGCAGAAGGUCGACUUCACCCCAUCUUGGGCCCAGGCUCAAUCGGAGGAUUUAAGCCUCCUGAGACUGAUCAUCGCCGUCAACAAUGUCACUGCCAACUCGGACAAGCCAGAGAUCCCGACACAGGGGACGGACGUGGCCGGAGCUGCUGCGGAGAAGCUCCUUCGAUGUAUCAAUGCCAUCGUGGAGGAGAAGCGUGCCCAGUUCCUGCACCUGAGGCUUCAGUGGCUGGUCUUCCAUCUACACAGCAAGACCAACGUGACCGAGGACAAGUUCAAGCUGCCAGAAGCUCUGGAGACGCCUCGUUCACAGCAUGCUCAGAAUGCACGGGAGGCUUGGUGGUGGAAUAUAACAAACCUUGGCGCCCAGAUGAAGGACUUGAUGGUCACAGACGACCCGGCAAGCUCUCCGCGCUCCUCGGUCGGGAACUCGCCACGUCCAGGCACUGCGGGUACCGGAAGCAAGGUGCCUUCCGUCCGUGGCGAGCCAGACGUGACCUUCAAGGAGGAGCUUCCAGAGUCGACUCUCAAGCGUGCAGCAAAGGUCGCUGCAUGCACACCCAAGCUUGAACGCAGGUUCGGAACUGCCGACCUGUCUUCCAGCACAGCAGGGAUGAAGAGGAAGCCUCCCGAGCCCAGCAUCUCCCCCGCUCGGCUACGGGCACAAACUGCCCCUGGCAACGUUGGCCAGACGCCAAAGCUGAUGGGGAUGGACUCUCGCCUGAGAGCCAUAUCUGCCGUGCACAAGGCGUCCGAGACAGUCGCGGUCGACACAUCCCAAGACGUUGGCAAAUUGCAGGCUACAGCCGACAACAUGCUUCACACCAAGCGCGGUGUUUAUGGUGGGCGGCCCACGUCUCCAAAGAGCCCAAGUCCAAGUGCACCAGGGAGCCCGACGGAGCGUGAAAGCAAGGUCAAAAGAACCUCCGCCCGGCCACUUUCUCGCGAGGCGCAGCAGGUCCGCCAAAGGCGACAGUCAGCGACUUUGGCAAACAUGAAGCAGGCCUUCCAGCUGGAGGACUCCCGCCAGCAGAUGAAGUUCGCCUUUCCAGAUGAGGAUGAGGUCCUCUCCAUGUCGCCGCCUGACUCGCCCUCGAAUGGCAACAAGAUGCUGGAGGUCCCUGACAUUGGCAAAACUUGGCUGAUCAGGGGGCGUACAUCUGGCCCUGCGGUCGCGAAAGGCAGCCCCCACAGCCAGUCGACCAAGUCUGUGUCGACGUUGCGAUCGCCGAAACAGAAUUGGUCUGCGGCCUCCACACCUACGCUGCGUGAGCCAUUACCGGGACCAAGACCAGCAAGAGAUUCGGACGACGAAACCCUCGAGGUGUUGCGACAAGCUAUGUCCCACAACCAGGCGAAGGUCGCAAUUGGACAGGCACCGAUGCCUCUGACGCUGGAUCGUCCCAGGACCACUCCGGCACAACAGCCAACUCCGCCUUUCCUUCGAGGCGUGGAGCCGAUCUCCCCUGGUGGCACCUUCAAGGCCGGCAAGACCAAUCCUUUUCAAGGACAGUCGAAGUCCUGGUACUGCCUUGUCGAUAACGUUGACAGUUAUGCCAUUGAACACAAGAUCAAGUGCAAAGCGACUGCGGACUUCUUGACCAAAGGCAGCAGCUGCCCACGACGACAGCUCCGGAUUGACUCGAAGCUCGACGUGCUCUGUGAGAAUGAGGGCAUCCAGGGCAUUCGGCGCUACAUCAGGCAUAUCUGCAAGAACGACUUGGGGCUAAAGGCGGACCUCUCACAGCAGCUGCGCCCGCGCAGCGAGCUUCCCAGCCUUCCGAGGUGCGGACCGAAGACAAGAAUCGCACCCCCUGGGGCGGAGGAAUCUCGCACAGUCUCCACCGUCUACGCUGCCAUGGCGGCCCGACGGAAGAAGAUUCCGCAAGCACCAAAGUGUCUUCUCCCGGUGCCCCCGAUUCCUGGUGCCUUAGUGGAGGUGGCAGAGAAGGAGGAUGCCAUGAACUUGGACUUACGAGGAAUGAACCUUCUGGACGACGAGGCAGUCCCAAUCGUUGCUGGCUUGCGUGUGCAAGACUGCUCCUUCAAGACCAUGUUGAUCUCUGGGAAUCCGCAGCUCACCGAUGCCUUCUACGAGCCGCUCUUGAAGCUCGCUUGUGAGAGAUCAAUGAGCUUACUGGUCUUGGACCUUUCCGGCUCUGCACACAUGGGCGAGAAGUCCAUCAGCCGUCUGGCCGAUGCUCUGCCGCGCGCGCUGAUACGUCUCAGAGUUCUGAAGCUCGAUGGGACUCGGUGUGAGCAGUCAUCCUGGCACGUGCUCCUGGAGGGCAUGCGGUGCUUGACAUACCUGCAGGAGCUGGGUCUCGCGGACAUGAGCAUCGGUCGUCGCUCGCAGGACGUGCCCUGCCUUGUUGGUGAACUACCAGCUUCAUUGCCCCACCUCAAGAAGCUGAACUUGAGCGGCAACUUCUUCAGCUUCGAAGGUUGCCGUGUUUUGGCCCAGUCGGUGGAGGCCCACACGACCCUGGAACAUCUGGAUUUGAGCUACAAUGCCGGGGGUUUCAUUUUGACCGAGAGCGGGGCGCUGCCAUCGACUUCGGCGUCGAGCAGCCUUUUCAGUAGCCUGCGAAGCGACAGCCGCUCUCAAGGGAUCGCCGCGUUCAACCCCAUCUCGCUCAUUUGCGAGGUCGCCGGCAAAUGUCAGUCACUCAAGUGCUUGAAGCUGGCUGGCUGCCAGUUGAAUUUCGACGAGGACUUUAUCUUGGAGGAUACUUUCCAGUUGAGCACCGGGAGCGGAAUUGUGGAUCUCGACCUUAGCAACAAUGCCUUCCAGGGCGUCAUGGGCGUGCGCUGUCUCCUCAGGAUCCUGGUGACUCAUCCAAGUUACUUGGCCGCGUUGGAGGGAAUGUUCGUUGGGUUCCUCUUGGCCCUGGUGCUCUACGUGGAGUUUGUCGAAGUUGUCGCACCUCCGGUAGCGAAUAGCCGGAUAGCAGAGGUUCCUGACGGCGCGGCUGCAGUAAUCAUGAAGCAGCUCUGGGGAAUGGGCGCAGUCAGCUCGGGAAUCAAUGCUUUGAUCAUCGUCUUGGGGCUGUUGAACUUCUACACCUAUGCCGUCAGCACUGAGGAGGAAAUUAACCCGUCCUACAUCUGCCUUGGGCUGCCUUUGGACCAUGCUGGGAAGCGCGUGGAGGUCUUCUCCAUCGUUGUGUUUUCGCUCAUCACUCUAGCACGCCUGGCUGUGGUGCACACGCAUCCUGAUUGGAGUCACUUUGGACUCUCUGCAGGUCCUCGAUACUUUAUGUGCAAUAUCUACAUGGUCUUGGAGGUCUUGGCGCUGGCUCUAACAUUCAAGGGCAUUCUCACCGGCAAGUCCCACGUGGACUUGCUGUGGCUCUUCGUCGCAAGGAGUAUGGAAAUGCUCGAGAGGAGCGGAGCUGGCCUCGGCGUGAAGAGGAUGAAGCACAUGGUUACAGAUGAUGGCAAGUUGCUCUUGGUUGCCGGAGUUAUGGGCCUGGUGAUAUGGCUUGUGAUGAGCGGCUUCUACUUUGUCGCCAACCGCUCCAACUGCCAGAUCAUUUGGGAAACUGACGAGUUCAAAUGGCAGAGGUUCACCUCCAUCCCGUCCUCCAUGUGGUACGUCAUGAUCAAUCUGUUGAAAGAGCAUCCCUUGGCCGAGUUCCACGAGACUCUGUUGUCGCGCACACUUGUGUGCGUUUGCUGCAUCUUCGCCAUGCCGCUUUUCGCACUGCCGUCUAGCAUCCUACAGUGUUCCCUUUUCGAUGCGGACCAGAAGGACGAUGCUGAGGAGGUAGAAAGAGCUGGCGAUGCCGCGCACACGAGGCGGAUGACAUACCAAGCCGAUGCUGCCCAGCUUUUGGAGCUCCAGGCUGAAUCGCAGCAGAAGAUGCGACCGGGCUUCGCCACUGCGAUUUUGGUUUUCGGAUCCAUCUUGGCUUACUUCUACUACACAGCCAGAGACACCGACCAUGCGACCUUCUUCACGGUGCCGGUCCAUGUUUCAAAGACUACAUUCGCCUACCUCGACGGGACGGUUGCGAUCUGCUUCCUGUGCGAAUACGCCAGCAGAAUGAGCGUCGGUGGCGGCUCUUACAUCACCUCGGGGUAUGGACUGGUCGAUCUAUUGGCUUGGCUACCAGGCUUGUUGCACCUUUGCACCUACGAGUCCAUGGGACCGCAUCACCACGAGAUCCUUUGCGCUGCUUGCGUACUACGAAUCUUCAAACUGGAGCGAUACCUGCAUUCCUUCCGAGACAUGCUGGAUAUUGUGAAGGAGAACGGCGGCAUCCUGACCGCGACGCUCGUACUCUCUAUGUUUCUAUGGAUGUUCUUCUCAACCAUGCUCUUCCUGACGGAGAAGCACAACCCCGACGACGAGAUGAAUGAUGAAGUGUACGGCUCUGUGAUGCGGUCCCUCUGGUCUGAGAUUAUCAAUCUGCACGGCGAGUGGCCUUGGGCCGACUACACUCCGAUGGGCAAGGCCGUGGGCACUGUGAUCGGCCUGUUCAGCAUCAUGCUGUUCUGCAUUCCAAUUGGUAUCUUUGGCGAAGGUUUCAUGGAAAGAGUCCGCGCGGACAGGGAACUCUCUACCGAAGAUGACGACUUUGACAGAAGGCCGUGGCAGGAGUGCUGCCGUCCAGAACCCGGGAUGCGGCAGAAGGUCUACGACAUGCUGUAUGAGGACCUUCAUCCGAAGGUCUAUCGGACUCCUUCGAUGCUCUUCCGCACGUUGCGAGCCUGCUCCGUGGUGAUGGUGGUCGCCACCACGUUCAUCACUGCCGUGGCCACCGUGGAGGAUUGGGGUGGAUGGAAAGGAAGAGAUACAACUACAGACGUGGGCAAGAUCUUCUGGGUGGUUGACGUCCUGGCCACUGUAUGGUUCAUCUUGGAAUACAUCUUGCGGAUUGUGGCUACGGGCUGGCGCCAUCCAGUUUCUCUGGUUGGGCUUUGCGAUCUGAUCUCCAUCCUUGCCUUCGUAUAUACUUUGGAUCCGAAAAAGCGGCCAGAAGCUUUCCGGCCAGGCUAUCAAGACACGCAUUACCUGAUCGACAGUGUCGUGUUGCUGCGACUCCUGCGCGUCUUCAGCCUUGAAAGCUAUUUCUACGCCGUGCACACACUGCGGUGUGUGCUUUGGCUGAACAAGUGGCCACUGGCUAGAGCUGGUGGUGCGCUCGUCUCGAUCUGGUUUGUGCAUGCCACACUGCUCUACAUCUGCGAGAAUCCGAGGGCACUUGGUGGCGCAGUCCCACCGGCAGGGGAGGCUACCGGCGAAGGUGAGGAGGACGAUGGCCUGUCGAUGGUUCAGCGCUACAGGAGUGUCCUUUCCGCGCUGCAGUAUAGCAUCGUUCAUCUCUUCGGCGACUACCCCGAGACAGAUUACACGGUCGAGGCCAAGAUCAUCCAUUUCGUGGGCAUUAUGGGUGGCAUUGCCAUUAUCUCCACGUUUUGCGGCGUCUUCAGUGCUGGCUUCGUUGAUUUCCUGGAAACAACCAGGACAGAGGAGGCCAAGCAGAAGUCAGCUGACUUCUUGCAGGCCACCGUGAAAAUGAAGCUGGGGCUGAAGCGGGUGGUGGCAAACAGGCGUUCACGAGGAAACAGCGGGACGCCGGCCCCAGCGCAGCGGACAUCAGUACUCAGUUCAACUCAGAGCUUUGCUCGCGCCAUUAAAUUCCAUCGCACUCCUACAGGAUCCGGGAUCGCCCUGUUUUUCAACACAGUCCUUGUCGUCAGCUUGAUCAACACCAUGGCGGCAUCCAUCCCAGAGAUUGACAACAACAAAACUGCUUCCACCAUUUGCCUGGUCGUUGAAGCCGCUUGCAGCGUCGUCUUCAUUGUCGACUAUGUGGUCCGCGUUUUGGCUCGGCCCAAGAGCGUCUUCAACUUCUUCGGCAUCAUCGACCUCAUCGGAUGCUUGCCGGGCAUCUUCGUCUUCUACAACUGGCUCUCACGAGGCCAUGCUCACAAUGACAAGGAAUCCAUCGCGGAAUGCUUCAGUAUGCUGCGCGCUGUGCGGAUUCUCAACUUCCACGUCUUUCAGACGGAAGUCCAAAUAUUAGGCCGUGUACUGAAAGACGCCAGCCGGAAGCUAGCAGUGCCCGCAUACUUGGCACUAAACGUAUGGAUUACAACGUCAGCCCUCUUCAUGUGGUUGGAGAACGAGUGGCAGAACGAAGCCACAGAGUGCGAAGCAAAGCACCCCAAAGAACAGUGCGGUGGUCCUGGUACCUUCGAGGACAUGCCAGAUGUGCCAUCUGCUAUGUAUUGGUGCUCCAUCUUUCUGACCGGCGAGUGGGCGAACGUGGAUUUCACCUACGCCGGCUCACGGUUAUGCAUCUUCUACGUUGUCUUCGGCAUUGCCAUUUUCUCCAUUCCCGUUGGGAUCCUUGUCGAAGCAGUGAAAGGCACACUGCACAUGAUAGCCCUGGAAGAGAAGGCCAAGCAAAAGGUUCUAUCUAUGCCUUCCCGCGUUAUGCCGGAGGAUGCGCCCAAGCAUUGGAAAUCCUAG